UUUUAUUCGUUACAACUUGCUCAUAAGUGCAUUCUUAAUUCCUUUUAUGGAUAUGUCAUGCGCAAAGGUGCAAGAUGGUACUCUAUGGAAAUGGCUGGAGUGGUUACAUAUACUGGGGCUAAAAUUAUUCAGAAUGCUCGCAUACUGGUUGAAAAGAUUGGAAAGCCACUUGAGUUAGAUACAGAUGGUACCUGGUGUGCACUUCCUGGAUCAUUUCCAGAGAACUUUACUUUCAAAACAAAAGAUUUGAAGAAGAAGCUGACUAUCUCAUAUCCAUGUGUUAUGUUGAAUGUUGAUGUAGCAGAAAACAAUACAAAUGAUCAGUACCAGACCCUGACAGAUCCUUUGACCAAAUCUUAUACAACACAUAGUGAAUGCUCAAUUGAAUUUGAAGUGGAUGGACCAUACAAGGCAAUGAUUAUUCCAGCUUCAAAAGAAGAGGGAAUUUUGAUUAAGAAGCGAUAUGCAGUUUUCAACGAUGAUGGGACCCUUGCUGAGCUUAAAGGUUUUGAAAUUAAGCGUAGAGGUGAGCUGAAGCUCAUCAAAGUUUUCCAGGCUGAGCUUUUCGACAAGUUUCUCAAUGGCUCAACCUUAGUGGAAUGCUAUUCAGCUGUUGCUUUUGUUGCCAACCGCUGGCUUGAUCUUCUUGAUGCAAUCUGCUGUGGUAGGUGUCAUUGUUACUUUGACCCCACCUCCGGCCAUUGUCGGUGUCCACUUCCCAAAGUCAUCAUCGACAUUCACAAUAAGUUCAGUCAGAGAAAAGGAGGCUCUCAUGCAAUGAUCCCAAAGUGAAGAAUAGGAAGAAUGUCAAGAAAAAUUACAUUAUUGAGUUUUCAAUGACCUAAAAAUAAUGUAUAGAUAUUUUUUUUAUGAAAUGUGCUUCUUAAUAAGCAAUGAAUA